AACCUCCAGCUUGCUCCGACCAACUCCCGCCCUCUCAUCUAGCAAUCUCCCAGAACCCCGCCACCUCCUCUGACUUCAGGAGCUCAUUUAAUCAUUACUAGUCACCUGGAGUCCAGACACGAUGUCGAGAAGAUAUGAUUCAAGGACUACGAUCUUCUCGCCAGAGGGCCGUCUCUACCAGGUUGAGUAUGCUCUCGAGGCUAUUUCGCACGCGGGUACAGCUCUAGGCAUCCUCGCAAAGGAUGGCAUUGUUCUCGCUGCGGAGCGAAAGGUGACCAGCAAGCUGCUGGAACAGGAUACGUCAGCCGAGAAGCUUUACAUACUGAACGAUAAUAUGAUAUGCGCCGUCGCCGGUAUGACUGCCGAUGCUAACAUUCUCAUCAACUACGCCCGUCAAGCGGCUCAACGUUAUCUCUUGACCUACAAUGAAGAGAUCCCCUGUGAACAACUCGUCCGCCGUCUAUGCGACCUGAAGCAGGGAUACACGCAACAUGGUGGUCUCCGUCCUUUCGGUGUUUCUUUCAUCUACGCCGGCUACGACCCACACAGGCAGUUCCAGUUAUAUCAAAGCAAUCCAAGCGGCAACUAUGGUGGUUGGAAAGCCACUAGUGUUGGUGCAAACAACGCCAGUGCGCAGAGUCUGUUAAAACAGGAUUACAAGGAAGACUGUGAUCUGAAGGAGGCAUGCGCCAUGGCCGUCAAGGUAUUGAGCAAGACGAUGGAUUCAACGAAGUUGAGCAGUGAAAAGAUCGAAUUUGCAACAGUAGGAAAGACCAAGGAUGGGAAGAUCUACCACCACCUGUGGAAUGCGGAUGAAAUCACCGCGCUGCUAAAGCAGCAUGGCCUGGCCAAGGAGGACGAGGAGCCGGAGGCUGGGGAGAUUAAAUAAAUGAUAAUGAUUCUUGUUUGGUUUCAUUGGGACACUAUGAUCGACGUGGUCCGCCAUCAGGGCCCGUCAACACCCUGUAGCCGUGACGGUGAUCUUCAAGGUGACGAUUAGCGAUCUAGGCAUAUGACUCUAUCUCUCUGAUCUCCCAUUGAAGCAAAAUCUUUUGAAAUGUCCAAUGAAUCUUUCUCGGUUGCGCGAAAGCAAGCUGCAAGUAAUCACUCCCGCAUCACAAGCGCGACUGCCAUGACGUGGCGAUCAAAUACGGGAAGCUGAGCGCCAAAUAGUUCUUUAUCCUGGAUUAUUCUCGACUUUAGACUCCAUAUGAGUUCUGUUGCAACAUGAAAUAGUCGACUUAUUGGUGCGUCCACGUAUAAUGUAAGAACCAACUCAUGUGAGAAGACACUGGAUAUAUUAGACCGCUGCGCACCCAUCUAUUCCCUACUAUUCAAAUAUACUGUAC